AUGCCAGACGUGCGUCAAAAUAUUAAAAUCGACCGUGCGCAUAGAGUUGGCAGAAAACGCGAUAGUCGCAGGAAGCCGAGAGCUAUUGUCCCCAAAUUUAAUUUUUUCCCGGAUCGAGAGAAAAUCCGCCGAAACGCCAGGAAACUGAAGGGAACAAGGAUUGGGAUCUCCGAACAGUUCCCUGAAGAAAUAGAGAAAGUGCGACAGAAAUUAUACCCCGAGAUGAGAAGAGCGAAAGCGGAAAAACAAAGACAAACUUUUUAUCAAUAA